AUGUCACAAGAAAACACAAUCACUUUGGAACCAAGUGGACAAAAGAUGCCCCUUGUGGGUUUGGGCACUUGGAAAAUUACGAACGACCAAGGCGAGGAAAUGAUUUAUAGAGCUAUCAAGAAUGGCUACCGUCUUAUUGACACAGCCUUGCUAUACGACAACCAGGAAGGUGUUGGCAAGGGUAUUCGCCGUGCCAUUGACGAGGGUAUUGUAAAGCGCGAGGAUGUCUUUGUUACGGCCAAAUUGUGGAACUGUUAUCAUCACAAGAGUCAUGUGCGCCCUCAAUUUGAACGUGAUCUCAAGCAACUUGGUCUCGAUUACAUUGAUUUGUACCAUAUCCAUUGGCCCAUUCCACAAAAGUACGUUGAUCCAUCUCGUCAAUAUCCACCUGAAUGGGUCGAUCCCGAUUCGAAAAAGCUCGAGUUGGAAAGAUCGCCUCUUCAAGAUUUAUGGCGUGAGUUGGAAGCUUUGGUCAAGGAAGGCAAGCUACGCAAUAUCGGUAUCUCGAACUUUAAUGUGCAGCUGACAUUGGAUCUCUUGACGUAUUGCGAGAUCAAGCCUGCUGUGCUACAAAUCGAGAUGCACCCGUACUUGCAACGCCAAAGAGUCGUCGACUGGUUCCAAAAACAAGGUAUCCAAGUGACAGCUUACUCGCAAUUUGGUCCCGAAGCAUUCGAUAAAUUCACCGCGGAGAACAUGCAUCUGGUCCCCUUGAUGGAACAUGAAACCAUCAAAAAGAUCGCUGACAAGCAUGGCAAGACCACAGGCCAAGUCUUAUUACGUUGGCAAGUGCAACGAAAAGUGGCCGUCAUUCCAAAGAGCAGCAACGACACACGCCAAAAACAAAACCUCGACUUGUUUUCCUGGUCGUUGGAUGAUCAAGAUUACAAGGCGAUCACGGACAUGGAUAAGAACAUUCGAUACAAUGAGCUUGAGCUUUACGGUAUUGAUAUUCCUUUGUACGAGUAA